AUGCUAGCCGAGCUCCUGUUAGUGCUCGGUGGACAUCCCUCGUCCCUCUUUCUCUCGACCGGCGUCUCGCCCGAACUCGCCUCCUACCUCCACCCCGGCGAGGUCGCUUCGCUGAACACACUCUGCUCCCUAGCGGCCAACUACACGCGAGUCCGGGAAUGGUGCGAGGUCACACAGGCCGAGGCGCGUGCUGCCAUUCUAGCCUCGAGCCGGCGGAAGGGCAAGGAGCGAGAACGCGAAGGCCGGGAACCGGGGCAGUACGUCGCCGUGCUGGCCGGUGCGGUGCGGGAGGUGUUGGAGGAGUAUGAGUCGCUGCUCGUUGAGACGGAGGCGCUCGUCCUGUCCCGCGACCCCGGGACCGUGCAGCCCUCUGAAGACAAGGACGGACAGGGCUAUGUGCCCCUCUCAUUGCUGCUCGCGACGUUUGACGCAUGGCACGCGCCCAUGGCCGCGCUCUCCGCCCUCGUGACGCACCUCGAGGAAGAAUCGACGCCGGGCGAGCUGAUGCAGCACCUCUCCGAGCAGAGCGCAACGGGCCACCCCACCCUCAGGAGGGUGUUUACGCAACUCCUCCAGCGGCUGUGGGAUCUGUGGCUGACGCACCUCGUCGUCUUUCUUCUCGACGGCGUCGCUUCGGACGCUUCAUCGCCUUCCUCGCCCGCGCUCGGUCUAGACGCAGGCGCAGACCCACCACACCGGCUCUACAAACUCAACGCCGACCUGCUCCCCCGAAGCGUGGGCGGUCCCACGCGCGAGAGUAUCCUGUAUGUAGGCCGUGUGGCGGCCACACUGAAGAGGGAGGGCCGCGCGCUGCCGCGGAGCCUGGUCGAGAAGACGAGGAGGGACAUCAUGGCCUCCAAGCCCGAGGAACUGGACGCGGCGGUCCAGAGGGCAAGAGCAGAGGUGGGCGAAUGGCUCUGGCGCCAUGUCCUCACUGGCGAGCAGGUGGCUGAGGCGAUCGAGAGUUUCGCAAACUACUUCCUCACGCGCGACGGCGAGUUUGCAGUCAACGCGAUCCGGGAAAUCAGCCGAUUGCGUCGAGACAGGCUCCUCUUGUCGAAUCCCAACUCUUCCUCAUCGGUCAUCCGCGCGCACGACCUGGACCUGGCCAUGCUGCGUGCCUCCCUCGGCACGGCAGCGGAGGCGGACCGCGCCCUCGAGCAUUUGUCAUGGAGCAUGCCUGCCGGUCCGCUACGCCCAUUGAGCCGACCGGCAGAGGACGACGGCACGAUCCGGGGCCUCUUCUCCCCUGCGCUCCUGGGGACGCCCAUAAGCCUGAGUGCCGAGGUCAAGUGGCCUUUGGACCUGUUCAUGACCCCGCCCGCGGUCCAAGCCUACGGCGACAUGCACGCGUACCUGUAUGCGAUCCGGGACGCGCACAUGCGCGUGCUCGAGUGCUGGAGCGCGCUGAGCGGAGCCCAGCGUCGGCGAAGGCAGUACACGGGUAUAGACGAGGGCGGGGCCGGGGCGGAGCGGGACGAGCGCGUCAGACUCGCGCGGCAGGCGUGGGGAACUGUACGCGCCAUGCUGUUCUUCCUUGACCAGCUGCUGGGCCACUUCAUGACGGACAUUGUGGGCGUGCAGCAUAAACGCCUCUUGGAGCAGAUUAGGCCGCAUGUCCCCGCCCCUGGUCCAGUGCAUGCCCGAGCAAGAGGACUUAGCAACGUGAGGGCCGGCACGCCGACACCGGGUACGCCGCGCAACCCCCGCCCUCGACCUUCAACGCCAGGGCUCGGCACACCAGGCCUCGCCCCCGACGCCCCGGCGUAUCUCGACUUCCUAACCCUGCGGCAAAUGCAUGCCCGGCACCUCGCCUUCCUCCGCGAGGGCCUGUUUAUAGCGGAACGCGACUCGGCCCAGCUCAUCCGCGACAUUCUCGACACGUGCAAGCGUUUCGCCGGCCUCGUGGAGCGGUGGGGCGGGGACGUUCUCCCCGAACUGCUGCUCGAUGACAGCAACGACCGCGUGUCUGAGCGCGCGCGCGCCGUGGCUGAGAUAAGCGACAGCCUGCACGAGCAGAUGGGCGAGUUCUUCCGCUUGCUCCUGGAGUCGCAGAGUCCGACGGAGAAGGAAGCGGGAGGGGGAGGGGCGAGUAUGACGAGGGGAAGUUUGACGAGGGCGUCCACGAGUCGGGCGAGGGUUACGCAGAUCAUGGCUGUCAAUUCUGGGGGAGACGCGGAGGGAGACGGCCUCAUGGCAAGGCAUGUUGAGCAGCUCCUCCUCCGGCUCGACUUCAAUGGCGUGCUGACACAGUGGCAGGAGGGGAAGGACGAGAACGUCCUGCCGCCAAGGGAUCUGCCCUAG